AUGCCUGAUACGAACGUGUUCUUGUUUUACCCUAAUCUUAUUGGGUAUGGCCGCAUUGUGCUAGCGGUGAUGUCGUUCCGCUACAUGAUGGAAUCUCCAAUCUGUGCUAUUUUUUGUUACGCUCUGAGUGCAGGUUUGGAUGCCUUCGAUGGAUGGGCUGCGCGCACCUAUAAUCAAAGCAGUCGAUUCGGAGCGAUGCUCGACCAAUUAACAGAUCGUUGUGCUUUGAUGGCAAUCUGUAUGGCUCUUUGCCAUUUCUACAGUGAUUAUAUGUUCUGGUUCCAGAUGAGCGCCGUCAUUGAUAUUGCGUCUCACUGGCUCCAUUUGCAUGCAACCGACCUCUCAGGAUCAUCUAGUCACAAACAGAGUUCUAACCCAAUUCUCAAUCUGUACUAUACCAGUCGUCCAUUCCUCGGAUUUAUGUGCGGUGGCAACGAAGCGUUCUACAUCUUGAUGUAUCUCCGCGCUUUCUAUCCUGGCCCAUCCAUUUUCGGAAUUCAUUUCAUGUCUUACUUGGCUGCCAUUGCUUUCCCUAUUGCAUUUGUUAAGACUGUGAUCUCUCUUGUGCACAUGGUUACAGCAGCCCAAAUGGUAGUUGAUCAUGACGUAAAGCAGAUCACCGAAAGAGAAACCAAGAAAAAUUAA